UUUUGACGGUGAGCCCAGCUCCACCUGUCGUCGUCGUCUGAAACCCCUAAUUCAAAGCAACAAAGGGGAGAAAUGAAAAAAAAAACAACAACAUUCGUCUGUUUUGCACCUGCAGAGGUUGAUUCGUUGUUGAUCAACGAAAAAAUAAUUUAUCUUGUGGUGAGAGUAAUUGUCAGAGGGUGUCAUGGGUCGCAGGAAGAGUAAGAGAAAGCCACCGGCGAAGAAGAAGGCCAUUCAACCCUUGGACACGCAGUUCAAUUGUCCAUUUUGCAAUCACGAAAAGUCUUGUGAGGUUAAGAUGGACAAAGGGAAGAGUACUGCGAGAAUAACUUGCAGAGUCUGUCUAGAGGACUUUCAAACCACGAUCAAUCUACUGUCAGAGCCUCUGGACGUCUACAAUGACUGGAUUGAUGCCUGUGAAACUGCUAACUAGCGGUGUAACUCUCGCUCAUCUCUUACGUUUGAAGAAACAAUUCAACUUGAGAUAAGAAUUUCAAUUUUUUUUUUUCAUAUUCAAACAGUUUUGAUAAUGAAUUUGUAAAACGUAAUUCGAAUAUGUCUUUGGGAUCAUUUAAACUCCAUUCGUUAAUCUCCAAAACGUAAAAUACCACUGGAUACGGUAAAGAGGGAGGAGAGAGGAUUUUAUUAUGUUGGAUAGUUUGCUUUAGUUUUUAUUCGAAUGUUAAACUUUAGUUUAUUCUCUUAGACUUGUGACAAUAGAAAGGAUGCCAAAAACUGACGCUGUUAGCUGCAUAGCUUUUACUACGUGUAAGGUAGACUUAACAGAGAAAAUCCUGGCGAUUUAGUUAUGUAGAAGUGGUGAAACGUAGAAUAUUGAUGAUUGCAGAAUUAUUUAAAUCUGAAAACUAGGAAUUUUUAGAAUGAGGUUAAAAAUCGCUACGUUUUGCCAGUUCGAUAUUGAUUUAUUCCUUUUUAUUACUUUGUUUUCUUUAUGAAAAUAAAUUAUUUUGCGUUAUGAGUUAUAUCUUGAUAAUUCUAUUAGAUUAGUAAGCACUGAGGAGAACACAAAUAUGUGAAAGACUUCAUUUGAUAAUGAAAGAUUAAUAAAGUAUUAUCAAUAAUUGGA